AUGGGGGUGAACUACUUGAUUCGAAAGGCAGCAGACGCGAAGACGUCCGUGCUCGUCAUUAGCAAGUCGGCCACCCAUGUCAACUUUGUGGUCAAGAACCUCGUGACCGUGGAGGAUCUCCUGCCGGUAGAUGGUGCCUGGGUGCCUAAGCCCGUGCCUCCGGCUGGUCGGAUGCGCGGCGAGAUGCGCCUGCGCCUGACCAAGUCCACCGAGAACGAGCUGGAGAUGGUCACCGAAUUUCCUCCCGGUGAAGGUGGUCUCUGUGACACGUUGGUUGUGGAUGAUGACGGGAACUCCUUCUCCAGAAGGGUGGUGCGUAAGCGAAGUGAUGGGACGCAAUUGGAGUGUACUCGUGUGUUCCGACGCAUGUCCUGA